AAAAAAUAUAUAAACUGUAGAAGAUACGUUAACAAAUAAAACUAAAUACAAAUAUUUAAGACAAAGAAACAUAUUAAAAUAUACCCCGAUGGACGUUCAUCCGGGUUAUCGCGUUGUGUUUAAGCAUUACGGAAAUGACGUAACUUUCGCGGGAAACUUUCUUUUCUAGUCGAAACUCCAGAAGCGUGUCAUUUCUCCCCUUCAGACCGCCGAGGAUUUUUUUCAAAUAAUCUCUGCCUUGCUUUGCAAAGCCAGGAUGAGAACCAGACUGCGAGUCAGACGGUUUUACACAUGGAAAGGAGAGCCUCUCAGCUUCGACAGGAAGGUGAAAACCUACGAAUACCGAUCUUUAGUGAUCAGUGUGGAGGGUCUCCCCAGGCCCACCGUCAUCACCGUGGGUCAGCACAUCCUCAUUGAGGGAGAAGAUGAAGACAACCCUUAUGUGGCCAAAGUUGUCAAACUUUUCGGGGAUGAGAAUGAGCGGCAGAAAAAGGCGGUGGUUCAGUGGUUCGUUCGCGUGUCCGAAGUGCCUGUGAGCAAACUGCAACUGCUCGGUCGAGACCCGCACCCGCAGGAGAUCUUCUACUAUCAGGGAAGAAGCUGCGAUGACGAGAUCAAUGCUGAGUCCAUUCUCAGACCCGUGCAGGUGAAGCAUCUUGAGGGACCAGCUCCGUUCCCCGACUGCGGUGAUAAAGAUACUCUAUACGUGAAGUUGUCCUGGGACACCAAGGCUUUCAAAGUGGUGGACUCGUCCCUCGUGUCACCCGGCUGUCCUACACGCCACCCCGACCAGUCGCCUCCCAGCGUGCCGCGGUCUCGUCGGGCUUUGCCGACCCCCGAUCCCGCCGUCAUACGCCGCGCGGCUUUGUCGGAGCGGCGAUACGACAGAGCGAGCAUGAGCGCGGGAAAGCUCGGCGGCAUGGAAGCCGAGUCCAGGCACUCGGCUACAAAAUUGUCGGCUUCAAAAUGCCUGAGCGUGACGAGAAGGAACACCUCAGCCAGAACGCCAGGAGUACGGAAGCGUCUGGAGCUCAGCAGUCAAGAGAAGCCGUCGACGUGUGGUGAUGACGUUUCGGAUGAAAUCCUGGAUGAAGUGCUACAAUCGGAGCUGGAGUUGGCUCAAAGGUUGCCAUCAUCUCCCCCUCAGGUGCUGCAUCAUUCCCAAAAUUUAAGCCCACUCAGGAAGACGCACAAAGCAGCCGUCGAGCCGGACUACAUUUCCCUGAAGCCCUUGUUGGUCAAGAUGGACAGCGUGUCUGUCUCGCAGGUUCACAGUCUUCCGUCUUCAAGCAGGGAUGCGGCUUCCUCCCGAGGUACGACUCCUCGAAGCAAAGAGUUGAAAACUUUGAAGGAACCUGCCCUCGGCGUGUUGCCCGAAGUGGACGAUGAGAACUCUCCCACGCUGCCACUCGGUACGACACCGAGAGGAUUGAAAAGAAAGUCUGCUCGACUGGUGGCGACUCGAAUCCGAAAGCAACUUAAUCUUCUCAAUGAAUCCAAAGCCCUGGACUCCGACACUGGAGACGAGGAGGACUUUGUUCCAACCGGGAACGCCUUCCACAGCAGCGAUGAGGAUGAUGAAGUGAUUCACAGUGAUGAAGAAAUACUAGCUAAAAAAGGUAGACAUGCUACGGCUGGGCCUCGCACGCCUCGUCCAACCAAGACCUCAUCCAGGACGCCUCGUAAAACACCCAGCAAGAAGGCAGCACCCGGGACCCCACACACGCCUCGUCAUGCCACCCCGUCCAUGCCUAGCAGGACCAUGCCAGCGCGAGAGCCCGCUAACAUCCUGGAAAUGGCCCGAAGCAGGCUGCACGUAUCGUCGGUGCCCGAGUCGCUCCCCUGCAGAGAGCAGGAGUUUCAAGAUAUUUACAACUUUGUGGAAAGCAAAAUCAUCGACGGCACCGGAGGGUGCAUGUACAUCUCGGGCGUACCAGGGACAGGAAAAACCGCGACAGUCCACGAGGUGAUGCGCUGUUUGCAGAAUGCAGCAAACAUGGAUGAGAUCCCAUCCUUCCGCUUCAUUGAGAUCAACGGCAUGAAGAUGACAGACCCUCAUCAGGCCUACGUUCAGAUCCUUGAGAAACUGAGUGGUCAGAAGGCCACAGCCGACCAUGCGGCUUCCAUCUUGGAGAAGCGAUUCAGCAACCUCGCUCCCAGGAAGGAAACCACCGUGCUGCUCGUGGAUGAAUUGGACCUUCUGUGGACCAGAAAGCAAAACGUGCUGUACAAUCUUUUUGAUUGGCCGACACGUCGUCACUCCCGCCUGGUGGUUCUGACGAUUGCGAACACGAUGGACCUGCCCGAGCGGAUCAUGAUCAACCGAGUGGCCAGCAGGCUGGGUUUAACUCGGAUGUCGUUCCAGCCGUACGGAUUCAAACAGCUGCAGCAGAUCAUCAUGUCCCGCUUGAACAAAGUCAAAGCGUUUGAAGAAGACGCCCUCCAGCUGGUGUCGAGGAAGGUGGCCGCUCUGUCGGGCGAUGCUCGCCGAUGUUUGGACAUCUGCCGCAGAGCCACGGAGAUCUGCGAGCACGCUGCCGCCAAGCCUUCCGUCCCGGGAUUGGUCGGGAUGAGUCACGUGAUGGAGGCGCUGAAUGAAAUGUUUUCGUCCACCUACAUCGCUGCCAUCAAGUGUGCAUCAGUGCAGGAGCAGGUCUUCCUCCAGGCGGUCAUUGCAGAGUUUCGGCGAUUGGGGUUGGAGGAGGCAACCUUCCAACAGGUGUUUGUGCAGCACCAGGCUCUGUGUCGGGUGGAGGGCCUGCAGUCCAUCGGCGUGUCGGAGGGUCUCGCCGUGUGUCAGCGUCUGGGCGCGUGCAGGCUGCUGCUGCUGGAGAACAGUCGCAUGGGAACCCUGCAGCGCGUUCGCCUCAAUGUGGGCCAAGAUGACGUCCUCUACGCCCUGAAGUCCGACUAACGCUUUUUAAGGACGUUUUUUUUUUAAUUGAUAUAUGUAGUAUUUUGUCCAUCACUGCGUUAUUAAAUAUUUAUACAGUAUGUGUUCCAUAAGGGAGGUUGUAUUUCCAUCUGCUUUUAUUUAAAAUGUGUGAAUUUGUCUUUGUAACGCCUGAUGCAUUGUCUAUGCACUUCUAAUAAA